AUUAUGAGACCGGAAACCGGACAUUAUUAGAUUUGUAACAACCAGACUGAGCGUCUAUAUAAACACCACACUUGUUGACGAUCACUACUUUUGAAGAAGUGUGCCAGACUUUGAACAAUCAUGAGAUCUCUUGCCAUUAUUGCUGUUGCCAUUUUUGGCUGCGUGGUCGCCCAGCCCGGGGGUCAACAAAACUUCAACAAUUUGUUCCAAAGAUACGCUGGCAAUGAUAACUUGUUGCAACAAAACGAGUUUGCCAGAUUCUGGCUACAUUUUGAUGACGAUGGUGAUGGCAGUGUCAGCAAACAAGAGUUUGAUAGCGGAUGGAGACAGGAAGGUUUCCCUAAUCCACAAAACGCUCCUCUCUAUUUCCUCGAGUUAGACGCUGUCCAUGACGAGGUUCUCAACUCUCAAGAUUUUCCACACAUCUUCCAUCUCUUCGAUGAGGACGGUAAUGGUGCCAUUAACGAGAGAGAGGCCAGAUACAACUGGAACGCUUAUUUCAGUGAUUAACUUUAUUACAACCCACUUGCAUCAAUAUGUCCCACGUCUAGUUGACAACACCAUUGGUGUACUGCACUAGUUUGAACAAUAUUCAAUUGUUAACAAAAGC